AUGAUAAUGUUCUAUUAUCGAUUCGCAAUCGACGUGAUCCUCGGCAUUCUCGUCUUCGCCUUUCUGACACUUUCAGUCCUCUACGGUCUUUUUUCGGAACAACUCGACUAUAUUCAAAAGUUCAUAUUCUAUUUCGCACUUCCCUCCUCGAACAUGGGCGCCACGCGGUCACUCAUCACUCUAACAAUUACUGUCGAACGGUGUUUGGCCGCCUACACGCCAAUCUUCUUCCACAACUUUCGCGACCAUUUUCCCACCGUCCUCAUUCUCGUCGUCGCUCUGCUCUUCGGCUUUUUCGAAAGCGUCGUCCUCUACCAAAUUUGUGACUUUCAAUUGGUGGUUCCCAAAAAUUGUGUCGCGUUGGGCUGCCUCAUAAACACGUGUUUCUUGUCGUUUUGGUCGACGCAUAAAACGGUCAGUUUGGAGUUUUAUCAAAGAAAAAGCCGGCUCCGUCUUAAAUUCCAGACAAUCUUUGCUCUAACAUGUCUAUUUUCGCUGCUAUUAUGCGUCAAACUUUUUGUGCUCAACAAAUUUGGCGCCGCCAAAAACGGCGGCGAAUUGUCGAGAGUGAGUUAAUUGUUGUUGUUUCAAUAAUGUUCAUAAUAAUAUAUCGUUUUGCAGGUGAACCGUCUAGCUCUAAUCGACGCCGCGAACGUGUGCAUUUUCGAUUUUCUGCCGAGUUUCCUAGCCAAUCAGUUCUCGCAAACUCAAUUAUUUUCGUUCGAAGUACGAUGAAGCGUGCGUCAGCGCUUGCUGAACACACAACAUUUUGCAGAAGAUUGGUCCGUACGGAGCCGCAAUGAAACUGUUCGGAUGUGCAAUCGAAGCGCUCCUCGUCUACCGUACUCUAGUCCGCAAAAGCGGAUUCCAGACGGCGGAGAGCAGCAAAGCGUACCGAAACACGAAGAAGAAAGUGACUAUUGUCGGUGUGGGCGGCGCCGUCGCAAAUUGA